AUGGGAGACUCCCGAGCGCCUCCGAAGAGGACCUACUCCGUCGUACCUAGGAUCAACUACAACACAGUCAACAGUGUUGUAGGACCCCUGGUCAUCCUUGACAAUGUCAAGUUCCCUCAGUACAACGAGAUUGUCGCCCUUACGCUUCCCGAUGGCUCCGAGAAACAUGGCCAGGUUUUGGAAACUCGAGGUGACAGGGCCGUCGUCCAGGUCUUUGAGAAUACCCAUGGUGUCGACGUCAAGAAGACGAGGGUCGAGUUUGUCGGUCACAGCAUGAAGCUCGGCGUCUCGGAAGAUAUGUUGGGUCGCGUCUUCAACGGUUCCGGUCUUCCCAUCGACAAGGGCCCCAAGGUGCUUGCCGAAGAGUACCUCGAUAUCAACGGAAGCGCCAUUAACCCGCAGUGUCGAGAGUACCCCGAAGAGAUGAUUGCCACCGGCAUCUCUACUAUCGAUACCAUGAACUCCAUCGCCCGAGGACAGAAGAUUCCCAUCUUCUCUGCCUCCGGUCUGCCCCACAACGAAAUCGCCGCCCAGAUUUGCCGUCAGGCCAGCUUGGUUAAGAAACAGGGCAUCACGAACAAGGGUGUGCACGACGGUCACGAGGAUAACUUUUCCAUUGUUUUCGGUGCUAUGGGUGUUACGCUCGAUACCGCCAGGUUCUUUACGAGAGACUUUGAGGAGAACGGCAGUAUGGACCGUGUUACGCUGUUUAUGAACCUGGCCAAUGAUCCGACCAUCGAGCGUAUCAUUACCCCUCGCCUGGCCCUUACCACCGCCGAAUACUAUGCCUACCAGCUCGAGAAGCACGUCCUAGUUAUCCUUACCGAUAUCUCGUCUUACUGCGAUGCCCUCCGAGAGGUUUCCGCCGCCCGAGAAGAAGUGCCCGGUCGUCGUGGUUAUCCCGGUUACAUGUACACGGAUUUGUCCACCAUCUACGAACGAGCCGGUCGUGUGCAGGGUCGACAAGGCUCCAUCACCCAAAUCCCCAUUCUCACCAUGCCCAACGACGACAUUACCCAUCCCAUUCCCGAUCUGACGGGUUACAUUACCGAGGGCCAGAUCUUCAUCGACCGUCAACUCCACAACCGUGGUAUCUAUCCUCCCAUAAACGUGCUGCCGUCGCUAUCUCGUCUCAUGAAGUCCGCCAUCGGUGAGGGUAUGACCCGCAAGGACCAUGGUGACGUCUCCAACCAGCUCUACGCCAAGUACGCCAUCGCCCAGGACGUGGCCGCCAUGAAGGCCGUCGUCGGUGAGGAGGCCAUGACGGAAGAGGACGACCGCGCGCUGGAGUUCCUCAAGAAGUUUGAGCAAGAGUUCAUCGGCCAGGGUGCGUAUGAGGCGCGAACCAUCUACGAGUCGCUCGACAAGGGCUGGGAGAUGCUCCGGACGUUCAACCAGGACGAACUGAACCGAAUCCCCGCUAAGAUCCUGAACGAGUUCUUCGCCAGGAAACCGACGGACGGCGACGACCAGGAGGAUAGGACCCGACAACCCGCGCAGCAGACGGAGAACCUGAUCGAUGCGUAG